UGUUUACAUAUGGCUGCCGUGCGCGACAUGCUCUUGAAAUGAUGUAUCGCAAGUGAAGUUGUUUUCCUCUCGAUAUAUCGCUAUUAUUCGUCACCAGUUAUGGUUGAUGGUAUAGGAUCCGUAACGUGGUGGGGAUUUAGCCCUGCUAUAAAUUUAAUACCGCGUGAACUUGAAGUUUCAGAGCUUAAUGUGUUGCUGGUUGGAUCAGGAGAUAGCAGGCAUAUCAUUAAAACCAUGGCUGAAGCUUGGAGGUUUCCUUCAGUGAAAGUUAAUAUUUAUGUGAUAGAGCACAGUCUUCAGGUCUUGGCAAGACACAUGCUAUUUCUGUCUCUUGCAUUAGAACCAGCACAACACAUAGGAUUAUCAGAGAAGACUUCACUGUACCUCGAGAUAUUUGGAAACAGUUUAAUAAGGAGCAGUACAAAAAGCUACAUUGACACCAAGGCUAGUGAUUUUAUCAGGAUGGUUUCUGAUGUAGAUAUUGCAGAAGACAUGCUGCCUAUACUAGACAUGAAUUUUCUAAAGUUUAAAGAACGAGAUGGAUUAGAGGCAGUAUUCAAAUUCUGGAAAGUCCCACAUGACACAUUUGGAAUUCAAGAGAUGUGGGAUAACAGAGUAAGGCACUAUCUAGGACAAAGAUAUGAUUCAAGGCAAAAUGCAUAUGACUGGGAUUACUGUAUGAAGCUUUGUGAGAGAGGGGCAAAGAUUAUUGGUAAGCCUAUUUAUAAGCAAUGGAGAGAGACAGGAUUAGCAUUUGAGGUGAGAGAAGGCGACUACACAGUACCAAACAAAACAUUGACCUCUUGUGCUCAAGCUAGAAAGGGUCCAGACACUGUCCCGCUACUGGGUUACUGGGGUGAUAUUGUCACUGGACCAUUCAUCUCACAUGGAAUUGAAUGUGCAAAUUCCAGUUUACUAAAGACUGAGAAUAAGAUGCAUGUAAAGACGGCAAAGGAUAUUACCUAUUACAAUGUGAUGGCAAUGUUCUACGAGCUGCUCUACAAGACAAAGUAUGAUGAGUGUUGCUUAGAGAUUGAAGCAAAACAGGAUGAGGACAGUGUUAUGACACGGCCCCAGAGGGCGCUAGUUGAUAGUUGCUACAGUAGUGGCGAUGUCAGUGACUCUGCACCAGUUUCUGAAGGUCCUAUUGUGUGUGAGAAUGCCAAGGUUUACUUUCUCCCACUGAAUGCUCCAUCACAACUAUAUCUAAAGCAAAGGUUCCAAGAGCACUUUCACGUUGUCUACUUCUCAAACAGUAUGGUGCACACUUUAACGCCAGAUUUGAGUAAAACAUUUGCUUGUAAAGCUCAAGUUAUUGUAGAAACGCCAAAGUUCUUGAUAGAUGUUACUACUGACCAAGCACAAGAAUACAUGAACAAAGUGGUAGCAAUGACUGAAAAAGCAGGCUGUGAGAUGUUGACAUCCUGCAAUCCUAGCUAUGAUGCCUUGGCAUACUUUAGAUAUUCCGCAUCAUAAACAAACACUUGGAUGGAGAAUUUUCGAAGAACCCAAAGGAUCAGGAUGAACCAUGAUGACAUCAGAAGUGAAUAAAAGAUGUCCGCAGCUACUGUGGAAUGAGUGGAUAUAUUGGCUGACUUUUGGUAAAAGAAAAUGCAUUACAUUGGUCAUUUUGAGAGUUGUGCACAUCGGUGUUGUCGCUAUACUGUUGAUCAUUGGUCAGUCGUACUAGACAUCAUGGUGUUGCCUAAACCUUUUCUGCAAGUUCUGAUGAUCUUGCCAACUUCUUGAUUCAUGCCUUUGAAUAUUUCAGUUGUCAAAUUUGUGUUUGGGCACAAUUUAAUAUGGUGUGGGGAAUUUAUUGUCACGACCCUGGUGUUAAGAACUAGAACUGUAGAUAAACAGUGCAUUUAACACUGUUUAACUCAUAAAAAUUAGAUAAAAAUUAUCGUUACUAUCAACCCCUCAGGAGCCACAGGCAUGUUAACUAAAGGAAUAGUAUUAAUGUUGCGAGGAAAUUUAGUGUUAUAUAAAGUAGGUUGGCAAUAUUUGUUAGGACAAAUUGGUGAAUAGAUACAUC